AAUGAAUUAUGAGGAUGCGUUGAAAGUAGCAGCAAAAGAGGAAGUACUUGCAAUAUGAAUAAUAAAAGGUGGCCUUUUUUGGAUAAUGUUAGAAGUUUAAAGAUAGACCAACUGAUCCUGCUCCAAUUGAUAGAGCAAUACAUUUCCUCUUUUUGAAGGAGAAUGUAAGUUACUUCAUUCUUCCACAACUUAGAAUGUAGAUAGAAAGACAGCUUUACAAUUUGGAAUGCGAAGACUCUGUAAAAUUGAUAGUACUAGACAAUUUGACGGUCCUGCUGAUUACAGAAUAAUGAAGACUAAUAAAUUACUAUCUGGGGCAAUUAACGGAUGGUAUAAUGGAGCAGCUGAGGCUAGAUUUGAUUUAGGUUCUGGUUUUACUAUUGAUAUUGCCAAUAAACAGGACAAUAGUUUUCAUUUGAAAAACAAUAAUCCUAUUGAUUUAAGAGUUUAAACUUCAGAAAGGGAUAAGAUUACUAUGUAAAGGUUUGAAUUCUCAAAAUUAAAUUCAGAUAGAUUGACAUAAGAAUUAAGUAAAUUAAAAGAGGAGACUUAACAAAAAAGCAAUCAGCCUAAAUUAUAUGUUGAAGUAGCUGGAUAAAAAUUAUUUCAUCUUCUCGAUUAGGAGAAUCCUAAACCUUCUCUUUUAUAAGAAUUUAAAGCUUUUUCCACUAUCGAAGAUAUUGUUAGACUCCAUUAAGUUAAAUCACUUGAUAAAAUUGAAUCAAUUAGCAAUCUUCAAGAAUCUAGUACUUCAAGAUUGAGAUAGAGAGCAAUGACUAAUUUACAUGAUUAAAAAUAGACAUUAUUUUCUAAGAAAAGAUUAUCAGCUCAACCAGAGGAAGAUUCUUAAAAGAUUUAUAAGAAGUUGUUAAAGUAAUUAAGAUCAGAAGAUUAAUUUAUUAUACCUUCUUAACAACCAAAAAAGAGUUUGUAAAGUAAUCAUGCCAAUACUUCCAGAAGAAACUCCUAGUAGUCUUUCUUCUUCAAUUUAACUAACAAAUAAACAAUUCCUUCCAAUAAUAGCAUUAGCAAUUCGUAAUAAAAUUUAGAAUCUAAUUAUAAAAAACCAUUUACUUAAAGAACUUCAUAAUUAGAUAAAGGAACCUGUUUUGAAUAGAAAGUUGAAAACUUUGUUAAAUAAAAGCUUAUGAUUUAAAAUUCAAAGUCAGUAUCUCCAGAAAUAGAUUGCACAAAUUUAUAAUAAAAAUAAGAUGUAAUUUAUUUUUUUAGUUUAGUUAUUCAAACAAUUAAGAUUGAAAGAAAUAUAAAGAAUAUAGAAAGUAAGGAUAAAUUCAUAGAGAUGA